AUGGACUCUCAGAACUCGCAAACCCUCAACUUCCCCACCACGUCGAGAGCACACCUGCGGCCUUUAGGAGUGUCCAUAGAUGAUUCCCUCUUCACAGAAACCAAGAAUACCCAGAAACGCAAGCUUUCUCAGAAACGGAAGACACUGCUGGGGGAAGCAGAGAGCACAGCUCACGGGAACACCGCCUUCCAGCCACCCGCUCACCAGCUGUUUGAUAACCAGACCAAAAAAGCAGCGUAUGCCGGAAACCAAAAUAGGUCUGGUUCAUUCUCCAUUGGUGGCCACCUGUCCCCAUGGCCCAGAUACAUCAGUGACCAGACCAUUCUGCAUAAUCGAAAGCCCUGUUCAGAUGACUACCGGAAGCGGGCAGGUAGCUUGCAGCAGCCCCUGGGCACAACCAAGCCGAGGUACCUGGAGCAGCUUGAGAACUACCUGCGCAAGGAGCUCCUCCUGCUGGACCUAAGCACAGAUUCUGCCCAGGAACUAAGGCUGCAGCCUUACAGAGAGAUCUUUGAAUUCUUCAUAGAGGACUUCAAAACAUACAAGCCAUUGCUGUCCUCCAUCAAGAAUGCAUAUGAGGUGAUGCUGGCCCACCAAAGGGAGAAAAUUCGGGCUCUGGAGCCCCUGAAGGCCAAGUUGAUCACUGUGAAUGAAAACUGCAACGAGAGGAUUCUGGCCAUGAGGGCUGAGGAGAGAGAUGAAAUCUCCACGCUGAAGAAAGAGAAGAUGAAUUUGCUAAAACUCAUUGACAAGAAGAAUGAGGAGAAGAUCUCACUGCAGACUGAGGUGACCAAACUGAGGAAGAACCUGGCUGAGGAGUAUCUGCACUACCUCAGUGAGAGAGAUGCCCGGAAGAUCCUCAUCGCAGACCUGAAUGAGCUACGCUACCAGCGGGAAGACAUGUCACUAGCCCAGUCCCCAGGCGUCUGGGGAGAGGACCCCGUGAAGCUAACAGUGGCUCUGAAGAUGGCCCGGCAAGACUUGACCCGCACACAGAUGGAACUCAACACCAUGAAGGCCAACUUUGGAGAUGUGGUGCCCAGGAGGGACUUUGAAAUGCAGGAGAAGACCCUCAAGGAACUGCAGGAGCAGCUGGAGAGCCUGAGAGACGACUAUGAAGAGGUCCGCAAGGAGCACGAGAUGCUGCUGCAGUUGCACAUGAGCACACUGAAGGAGCGGGACCAGUUCUACUCCGAGCUGCAGGAGAUCCAGCGCACCUCCACACCACGGCCAGACUGGUCCAAGUGUGAAGAUGUGGUGGCUGGAGGACGAGAUCGCUGGCACAUGCUGGCCGAGGGCAAGAACAGUGACCAGCUGGUGGACGUGCUCCUGGAGGAGAUUGGCGAGGGGCUGCUCCGGGAGAAAGACUUCUUCCCUGGUCUGGGCUAUGGGGAUUCCAUCCCCCCUUUCCUUCGGUUUGAUGGCAUUGUGGAGAACAAGAAGCCAACCAAGAAGGAAGUGGUAAAACUCCUCAAGGAUGCCUGGAAGGAACGUAUCACUGAGGAGCAGAAAGAGAAGUUCCCAGAUUUCUUCUUCAGUUUCCUGGAGCGCCACUUUGGGCCUGGUGAUGCCAUGGCCUGGGCUUACACCAUUUUUGAAUAUAUCAAGCUCUUCCAUACCAAUGAAGUCAUGAGUCAGUUCUAUGCAGUCUUGAUGGGAAAGAGGAAAGAGAGUGUGUACAUCAAGCAGAAGGAGACCAUAGCACAGCUGCUGAAGGAGAUGACAAACGUUGACAGCCAGAAUGAGGGGCUACUAACCAUGGAGCAGUUAAGUGCUGUCCUCAAGAGCACCUUCCCUUUGAAGAAGGAUGAGAGAAUUCAGGAGUUGAUGGAGGCAGGGGGCUGGCAUCCCAGCAGCAGCAAUGCAGACUUGCUCAACUACCGCAUGUUGUUUAUGGAGGAUGAGGAGGGCCAGAGCGUGCCCUUUGUGCAAAAGCUGUGGGAACAGUACAUGGUGGAAAAGGAUGAAUACUUAAACGAGUUAAAGCAGGAGCUGGGCCUGGAACUCAACGAGGAGGUGACCCUACCCAAGGUACGUGAGGCCCUGAUGAACAUUGAUCCCAGCCUGGACAAGCAGACCCUGAACCACUAUUUGAGGCAGGCCUUCCAGCUCCCCAUGACGGAAAUGCCAGAGGAGGGUGAGGAAAGGGAAGAGGGCACUGUGACACAGCUCCAGACUGCACUAGAACAGCUUCAGAUGAGUGACAUUAGGCGUAUGGGGCCUCGGGAGCAGGAACCUGCAAGCUAA